AUGGCGGAUACCGAGAGGAGAACAGCAUUCAAAAGGCAAGUCGCGUCUCUCCUUCUGUUGCUUUACGUGUGGGCCAUCGGAUCCGGAACAGUUCGGUAUUCUGUUCCCGAAGAAAUGGAAAGCGGGUCCUUUGUAGCUAAUAUAGGAAAGGAUCUAGGGCUAGACCUGAAGGAGUUUGUUCGCAGGACUCGCAUUGUUACUGAAGACGGCAGCCAGUAUUUCCACCUAAAUGGCAAUACAGGCGACUUGUUUAUUAAAGAGAAAGUGGACAGAGAAAUAUUGUGCGGGCAAACUGACCCCUGCACGGUGCAAUUUGAAAUAAUCCUGGAUAAUCCUUUACAAUCUUAUCGAAUUGAGGUGAGGGUUUAUGAUAUAAAUGAUCAUUCUCCAGUGUUCUUGGAAAGUGAACUACGUUUUAAAAUCCCGGAAACGACUCCCCGAGGAUCUCGGUUUCCUCUAGAGAGCGCUCAGGACUUAGAUGUGGGAAACAACAGCCUCCAGAACUACAGCAUUAGCACCAAUGCCCAUUUUCGUGUGUAUACCGGUGAACACAGUGACGGCAGGAAAUAUGCAGAGCUAGUGCUGGAUAAAGUAUUGGAUAGAGAGCAUCAGCCGGAGGUGAGUCUGUUGCUCACGGCUGUAGAUGGCGGCUCCCCUCCGAGAUCCGGCACAGCAAAAAUCCUUAUCAUUGUUCUGGAUGCCAGCGACAAUCUCCCUGUGUUCUCUCAAACCAUUUACAAAGCCCGAGUUCUGGAAAACAGCCCCAAAGAUUAUCUGGUUGUUACUGUUUCUGCUACUGAUUUAGACGAGGGAAAUUAUGGGGAAAUAUGCUAUUCUUUCAGCCAAAAAUCCAAAGAAAAUAGCAAAACCUUUAAGAUAAAUCCAAUGACAGGGGAAAUUCGACUCACAGGCGCAAUUGACUUUGAAAUGAUUGAGACUUACGAGUUAAACAUUCAGGCCACAGAUGGCGGGGGUCUGUCUGCGCACUGCAAAGUGCUUGUUGUCGUUCUAGAUGUGAAUGACAAUGCCCCAGAAGUGAUAGUAACAUCCUUCAUCAGCCCGAUACUUGAGGACUCCUUGGCUGAAACAGUGGUGGCGCUUUUCAUUGUCAGAGACCGGGACUCUGGGGACAACGGGAGAACAGUAUGUUCCAUAGAAGAUGACGUUCCGUUUUCUUUAAAAACAACUUUAAAAAAUUCCUACUCUCUGGAAAGUACACUUGACCUAGAGAAAGUUUCCACCUAUGAUAUAACCAUCAGUGUUCAGGAUUUGGGAUCUCCCAGUCUCUCUACUGAAAAAACCGUCACAGUGAAAAUAUCCGACAUUAAUGACAAUUCCCCAGAGUUCAAUCAAACAUCAUACACUAUGUAUGUCCGAGAAAACAACGGGCCAGGGAUAAAGAUUGGCAAUAUCAAGGCUUUUGAUUCGGACUCAGAGCAGAAUGCCAAAGUGACAUACUCUCUAUUGCCUGCUGAGGUAGGUGGCCUUCCGCUGCUCUCCUAUAUCUCCAUAAACUCGGAAAAUGGGAAUGUGUACGUUCUGCGAUCCAUGGAUUAUGAACAGAUAAGAGAGGUCCAGGUUACAGUGAGCGCUGCAGAUGGCGGGUCCCCUCCACUGAGCUCUGAAGUCAUUAUCCGAGUUGUGAUAACUGAUGAAAAUGACAACGCGCCCUUCAUUUUAUACCCUCUGCAGAACAUCAGCUCCCCAGCUAAUGACCUGGUUCCCAGAUCGGCGGAGGCGGGUUACCUGGUGACGAAGGUGGUGGCUGUGGAUGGGGAUUCCGGUCAGAAUUCUUGGCUUUCCUAUCACUUGUUGAAGGCCACUGACCCAGGUCUCUUCACUGUGGCUUCCCCAAAUGGUGAAAUCAGAACCACGAGGCUAAUAACAGACCGAGAUACGAUGAAGCAAAAACUCAUUGUGCUUGUUAGAGACAGUGGAGAAUUGCCCCUUUCUUCAUCUGCAACUUUGAACAUAGCUUUAGUGGAUGAGUUUUCGGACUUGUAUAUGCAGUUUACUGAUGUAGUUGAGGGAGAUGAAAAGGAUGACACAUUAACUACGUAUUUAGUAAUUUCUUUGUGUUUAAUUUCGUUUCUUUUUCUAAUUUCAAUAAUUAUAUUUUCAAUAAUCAAGCUACUUCGGAGAAGAAAGUAUGGAGGAACAUGCAUGUCUGCUUCUGGCAUUGUUGAUGGCGAUGGCAACUUCCAGAAUAAUUUGACGCGUAACGGAACUCUGUCUCAUAAUUAUCGUUAUGAAGUUUGUUUAACAUCUGGUUCGGGAACUAGCGAGUUCAAAUUCCUGAGACCUGUUAUCGCCAGUCUCCCAGCUCAGCACAGCAAUUCUGGAACGGAUUUCGUGAAAGAACAGGAUCUUGUUAUUAACUCGCAUCUGAAUAAAGAAAUGGAAUCUGCCAGUCAGGUGAGACUCUCUGCUGCUUAA